CAGACGCCCAGCCGGACUUCUCGCCGUCGUCAUGGACAGGGUGCCCUUCUGCUGCUUGCUCUUCAUAGGACUCUUGAAUCCACUCCUGUCCCUUCCCGUCAUGGACACUGGUGAAGGGACUCUUCAGCCUCCAGUGCUUGAGGAAGCUCUUCGGGCUCUGGAGGAGCUGGAGAGGAUGGCCCUCCUGCAGACCCUGCGCCAGACCGUGGACACGGAAGCAGGAGAAAGCCCUGGAGAAGCAGAUCCCAGCUCUGAGACUCCCACUCCACAGGGAAGCAUGAGGAAGGCUUUCCCUGGGCAAGAUUCUAACACUGUACUGAGUCGUCUCUUGGCAAGAACCAGGAAACAACAUAAGCAACAUGGGGCUGCUCCAGAAUGCUUCUGGAAAUACUGCAUUUGAGGAGACACAAGCAUCCGUUGGUCUCCUCAGAACCAUCGCUUCAGGAAAUGAGCAGAGCAGAUGCUUGAAGCAAAAUCACGUUAACGACGCCUUGUUCUUCAUUAUGAGAAAUAAAUCCUCUAUGUUUCUCA